AUGUCGCUCGUCGCGGGCGCGACGCUCCUCAAUGGCAUCGGCCAUUUGGCCAACUUGGGCCAGUUCGUGGAGAUCGGCCAGGGGCAAGCUUUCCAGCGCGAGCAGAUGCAGUGGGCACGCCGAGCCUACUGCCUCGACUCCAGGGCCCUGAGGAUCGAUCUCCUCAAUGCAGUCAAGGAGGAUGUCCGAGACCAUCAUCAGACGUAUGCGAGCAGGAUAGACACCCUGCUUCUGGUUCACACACUACUCCUCACUUUUGCCUUGGCGACGCUCCAGUAUUCCGACCAGUUCGUGCCGGUGUCAGGCUGCGUGGAGUGUGAAGAGAACGAACAUCCCUGGCUAGUGACGUGCUGGGUGUAUUCGGUGUCGGGAAUCCUGAUCCUUCCAUUUUGGGGCAUCGUUAUGCUGAUAUGGAGCAAGCUCCAGCUGGACCACUGGCUGGAGACAUCCAUCGGCCGCCUCAACGUGGAGCUUCGCCUGUCCCUCUCUGCCGACUUCAGCCAGGAGACGGCCAACGGAGAAGGGCUGCAGGACAGAGAUGGCAGUCAGCUCCUCGAGAAGGUCGAAGGUGCCGUCACUCGUUUGGGCACAUUCGUCGUCGAGCAUCAGGAGAGCUUCAAACGGGUCUGGAACAAGGAAUGCCGCUUCAUGAUAUCGGCGGCGACUGUGUUCCUCUGGGUUUCGUGCAUCCUCGCAAUUCUGAUCACUUCAGGAAUGUUCUGGCUGUUCCUCCAGAAUCACAUGGAGGGGCAGCAUCGACAUGCCUCAAGCCACUUUGCAUUGUGCACCCUCAGCGGGUUGCUGGCGCCAGCCGUCUAUGGUCUCUGGUUCCGGCUGGUCUGCCGCCGACCAGGAGCUUCGACAAAUGGCCAGACUGAUAUCUUCGAGGACUGCAUUGAGCCGGUUGCCGCCGAAAGUGCUGGAGGCCCGGCAUUGCUGGAAAACGUGGCAGCUUCGGCCUCUUCGC